GUUAUAUAGCCGGGCUCGGCUCUCCCACUCGGCCCGAACCUGGGGACUCAGGCGAAAGUGUUCAUCUUCACCACUGAGACGACCUUCUAUAAUCUGCACCUGGCUUGCCACGUUUGCUUUGCGCCGAUUCUGUUACACUUUGUUCUCCCCUCUUUCGGUCCAGGCCGUCUCUUUCGGUCCAGGCCGUGAAAAGACUUUGGUAGAUAUAUCCUUCAAGGGAGAGGAAUUCUCGCGUUUUUCUUCCACGUGCCCUUGGGUGUACCAAGUACGAGCAUCCAAAGGUCCCUGUCUGGUCCCGUCCUGAGGCGCUUCGCUUUCGAGCCUCACCCUCCCGAGACCCUGAGUGAGAAGCGGCAGCUCCACCUCGCUCUAGUACUGCACUGCACAUUGUGUAGCCCACUACUGCAAGUGCUGCAUUUCAUUUCUUGGUGCACGAGUACGAGUACAGUACAUGUAUGUACAAUGUAUGUACACUGCAGUCUUCCUCUCCACUAUCAGUCCAUCAGUCCACCCCUCAUCUCAUUUUCUGCGCCAACGUCAACGACCCGCUGCGAAAUGCCAUAGUACGUUGAAUCUUGCCUAUGUCCUGCUCUGCACCUGAUGUCUCGUGGGAUCCUGCAUUGAUCCGCUUGUCCAGGGCUUCAUUUUCACCUACUGUCUAAUACGAACAAAGCUAACAUGGAUUCUGGAAUUCUAGCUGCUGCAGGUAAUUGACAAUUUUGUCCUCCUGCAUUGUGUGGAACCUGUAACUCUUCUAGUAGUGGAGGGCUUAAUCGAUACUGUGGCGGAACAUACAAAAUUUGUCAUCAAAGCCUUCCUCAUUGGGUCAGCAUACUCGCAGGUUUUCGUGGGGUUCGCCUGUGCCUGGCCCAGCCUUGACACUGCAUCUCGGAAGAUUUUAAGCCAAUACAAAAAAUCUCUAUGAUAAACAUAGCAGGAUGGCACCAACUCCAUCUGAGCGUGAGUGGGAUCUCCCCAUGUUAAAAGCCACCAAUCGGGUACAUGUAAGUAGCUAUGUGGAUUCAAGAGGGGUUAGCUUGAAUAGUCUUCGAUCUUGAUCUCAAAAAUUGGGAAGACUUUCUAAUCAAAUUUUUCUAUAGGAGUACGGUGAAAGGGGUGGGUGACUUUUCGAUAUCACGUUUCCCAAUGAAGAAGACUGAUUGUAUGGAUAGAUUUCUACUCCGUAAAAUUUUACCCGUAUACCUCAUCAGAAGAGGAUCCUAUAUUUGCUGUGGUAGGCGGAGAAGUCGUGAGUAUUUCAUGAUUGGACCUUGAAACCUGGGACUGAUUGAAGUAAGGUUAUUGUCUUUCGGAUUAGUUCAUGUGGGAAGCCUGAAACUGUAAAGCUUCUCGAGCUUUCUGUCAAUGUGGGUGACGAACGAGAAGAGGAUCUGUACUCUUGUGUCUGGACGAGAGAUCCAUCCACGAGAACCCCCUUGCUUUGUGCAGCUGGUCAUCGAGGAGUUGUUUACAUCAUUGAUGUGGUUAAAGGGGAAAUAUUGAGGGUAGUACACUUCUCACUGUUUCUCCAUAUCAUUUUUAGCUUACUAAUAUUUGUUAGGUUCUCACUGGUCAUGGGGGGGUAAGAAAUCGGUUAAAUGAAAAUGUAUAAAGUACUAAAUCAUUUUCAGGACAUCAACGAUCUCGCCAUUUCGCCAUCUUCUCCCUACAUCUUAGCUUCCGCUUCUUAUGAUCAGACAGUCAGGAUAUGGAGUCUUGAUCCAGCCCAUGAGAAAUAUCCUCUCGCAGCAAUGUUGCUUGGGGAGGGACAUAAAGCUGAUGUUUAUACAAUAGUAAGUGAGAGGGUUUUGCCAUGAAAAGGUACAUCGUUCUGACCAAAUUAGGCAUUCCAUCACAAUGGUAGACAUCUCCUAUCAGGUGGAGCAGACUCGGUUGUCAACCUCGUAAGUUGCCGUGCCCCUCUCACAACCAAAUCUUACCCAACAACCACAGUGGACUCUCCCAAUCUUCCCAGACAAAAAUACCGGCACAGCAAAACCAACUUUGAUUCGAUAUCCGCAUUUUUCAAGUUCAGAAAUCCAUGACGGGAGAAUAAUCGACUGGUUCGUUUUGCGCCCCCUCCCCUUCUACUUCAUGCUGACAUCUUACUUAUAGCGUCGCCUGGCACGGCGACCUCAUACUCUCCAAAUCCGAGGAAGAAGAGGUAAAAGAAAAAGAAAACGUCAUAGUCCUCUGGUGCAUCACCUCCUUCGAUUCCUCUCUCCCACCUCCCUCGCCCUCCCAAGCACCUGCCAUCCAAGGACAUGCUACAAAAUCCUACUUUUCCACAGACCCCAAAGAGGUGAAAUUCGUACGAUUGGCGCAUUUUCAUAUUGAAGAUGGGGAUCUUUUAUAUACCCGAUUUGGACUUAGUCCCGUGGUAGAAGGAAUGGGACCGGUCUUGGGGUUCAUGACUAAGUACUCGCGUCUGAAACUUUGGGAUUUGCGACGUUUAGUAGAUUACGUAGAGUAUUGCGGGAGCUUAGAUGGGGACGACCAUCAACAUGCCGCGAAUCGUCCAGCAUUCCUACAUACCUGCAAUAAAUCUCGUUCUGCGGGCGCGGCGGCGCUUGCUCGCGUUCGUGAUACGUUGUCUACGUCGAGUACGAGUAUCUCUGGCAAUUCGGAGAGUACAAAUACUGAGGGCGGAUUAGGGGGUAGUACUGCGAAUGUGGAUUGGAAGAAGUCGGCGAAUAAAUGGAGGGAAAUGUAUCGAGUGGGUAUUCCGGGGUUGAAUGGCGGGUUGAAACCGCAUAAGGAGGUGGGUAUUGAGGGGAAGUCGAGGUUCACGGGCCGGAUGGUUUCUUGGAGUGCGGAGGGGGGGUGGUGUGUUGCGGUGGGGAGUAAGGGAUUUGUGGCGGUUUUUGGGAGGUAG